CCCCCACAAUGCAAUCCCCAACCAACCAACCAACCAACUCACCCCCCCUCCCCACCAAACGCCUUUGUGUCUCUGGCUCCCUCAUAAUAAAUAUGCAGCAGCCGCCUAAUUAUGUCUCCCGCCUCCUUUUCUCCUUAAUGAGACAAUUUGCAUUGACUAACCACCCUCUGAAGGGGGAGGGGAAGAGAAAAGGCAUUGGGGGGGGAGAGAGAGGAAGGGCGCAAGAAAGCACAUUUCCUCUCUUUCUAACCCCCCCUCCCUCGCCACCAAUUCUUCCUUCCUCCAUUACAAGCGGAGGAAUGAACAGAAAAUAUUAAAAAGUUAACAGGGUGUCUUUCCUCCUGGGACGCAAAGAUAAUAAUGUUAAAGGGCUGAGGUGGGCGGACGACCAAGGGGGGGGGUGUUGUGUGUGGAGGACAGACAGGAGGGAGGAGAGGAGAAGCUGGUUGUGUGGAAACUGGGGAGGCAGAUGUGGGCACAUGUGGGCCUCGGGUUCAGGUAGGGCAAAACAUGGCUCCGGCCCGAAACCUUGCCAAGCUGUUGCCAGCCAGAGCGGACACUAUUGAGCUUGCUGGACUAGGAGUGUUCCCACGUGAAGGGAUUUUGGGGGUGCGCGUGUGUUGGGUUGUGCGGCUGGUAUCUUUGCCACCCCAACUCAGUCUCCACUCCCCGUCGAAACCGGUUUGAAGCCUGUUUGGUUGCCAUGGCUCCCACUACUGAUACAGAGGGUGGUAUUUGUGGCGGGCGGGGGCGAAGGAAUAUCUCCUCUCCUUGCCCCCCUCCAAUUAUCUUCAAUUCCCAGCAUCCUGGGGGGGGGGGAGGUCAUGCCAGCCCACACUUAAUUUGGCUGGGGCUGCCGCCCCAUGAAAAGUCAAACGAGGGGGGGUAGGGAUUUUCAAGAGGGAAUACCCCAAGUUUCAUUUCCCUGAGGGGCAAACGUCCCCCCUCCCCACAAACUUACAGCGACUGACAAUUAUUUAGAAAAGCAUUCAUAUACCAGCCUCUCAGCAAACAUCAGGGGGGUAUAGAGCAAAAAUAAAAAAAAAACAAUUAAAAGCAACCACAACAAAAACCACCAUGGCAAAUGUUGGGAUCGUCCAGUAGUCUAGUUCUGGGAUAGAGCAUCACUGGCCCUUCAGAGGUUGAGCCAGAACUCAAAUCAUCCCUAACCAUUGGUCAUGCUGGCCGGGGCGUGCUAAAGUUGGGUGUGCAACAUAACUCAGAGGCGCGCAUGUUCCCCCACCUCUGAUCUUGGUUCGCUUGGAUUCACUAUUGGGGGGGGGGGAGAGCUGAGAAACUCUUGCAUGGAAACUCUCCCGCCUUGUCAUGGUUGGGUUAGUGGUGUGUCAGAACGUUAGCUUAAGAGAGGAUUUGGAGCUGGAUAAAUGGAUGAGUCAUGUGGUUUUUUUGGGCAAAGGGUUGGCAGGGACAGGUAUGUCAAGUUCACGGGAGUUGGCAGGGUUGAGGUUCACGGCAAACAGAGAUGGCUUUUACGCAGAAAGCACCGCCGAUCUGUGGAACGCAACGCCGCAGGAUAUCGCGGUUGCUGCUGCUGUUCUCUGCCUCCGCCAAAGGAAUGGCAGAUCUGUGAAGGACGGGUCGGCUUUUGACACCUGCUAGUCCUAACUCCUGGAAGAGCCUCUGCCCUUGUCCCUCUGAGCUGUAGAAUCACAGUUUGGAAGGGUGGCGGACAUUUGAGCUAAUACAACCUUCCUGGGAAGGGAUAUUUGCUGAAAUAACAUUACAAAUCAGAGCGUUCUGUGUAAUCUGUGUUUCGGUUUAUUAACAAUUUUUAAGGAAGACCAGCUUGCUUUAUUCUAUAAGGUGGGGAGUGGGUGGGUGGAGAGAAAGAGAUAAGUGGAUUGACAAGUAGACAAGCGGGUGAUAUCUAGCCUUGAUGUGUUGUGACUGAAGGAAACGGAAACAAAAAUGAGGUGUUUUAUAGGGCCUUUUUGGUGGUGGCUCUGAAACUUUCUGGAUCUCUCUCCCAAGACCCUGCAUUCAGAAAACAGCGUUUGUUCGUUUCGGCUUUUUUGCUGAAGAAGUUUUUAUGCCUCUGGUUUUGACUGCUGCCCGGGAUAUAUUAGAAUGUCACGUCGAAUUGCUUUUUGGGGGAGAAACUGAAAAGAGGAUAAUGAGGAUAUUGGCGCUGUGUGAUGGAGGAAGGUGCUUAAAAUGUACAGCAAACGCACUCGUCUUAAGGUCUCGGCUCCCGUGCUGAGAUGACCCCUCCGCACCCCUCGCGCCCGCACCGCCAUGGACGCCCCCUUUAACUCUGCCUCCUCCUCCUCCUCCUCCUGCUCCGCUGCUGCCCCACCGGCCGACGGGCAGGAUGACAGGGCCGCGCCUCGGCCCGCUCAGGACUCUCCUGCCUCUCCAGCCACCAAAGAACCCCCCCUCUCGGACCCUUCCUCCUCCUCCUCUGAUGCCCCCUCUCCCAACGACACCAUGAGGCCCUGCUCCGGUUCCCAAGCGGCGCUCGGCUCCGCGAAGCUCCCGGCCGCCAUCUUGCCCGGGCCUCUCCUCCAAGCCGACUGCGGCCUCGUGACGCCAAACCCACCACCUUCCCCGCAAGCAGCGCCACCCGGAGAAGAUGGGAAGAAGCAAGAAGCAGAAGGCGGCGGAGAGGGGGAAGAGGACGGCGGGCGCAAGGCCCCGCUCUUCUUCUCCGCCGAGGGCUCGGCCUAUCUCCUCAGCGGCGGCCACGUUCUCUUACCAAAGGGCUCCCUAAGCACCACAUCUCCCCAGGUGUCCGUCCUCCACGUCCAGCGCGGUGGAGGCCCAAACCAAGGCUUUACGUCUACUGACCAAAUGUCCCAGAAUACCUCAGCGCCAGGCGAGUGGACCCCUCACGGCGCCUUCUACAGUUUCCGACUGGCCAGGGCCCCCCCUCGAACCAUGUCUGCCAAAAACGCUCCCACCAAACCCAAAGAUACCCCUGCCGCCGCCCUGGCGGAGGACGAGGAGAACCUCAAAGGGGAAGCCGACCUUGGCCGAGAAGGGGAGCUGCCGUGCCCACCCAUCUGGCUUUGCCUGAUCUGCCGCCUCUCCUUCUGCCGGGGGCGCCCCUUGGCGGCUCACGCCCGCGUAGCCCACGGGGCGCAGCUGAGCCCCGACGAAUGCCAGGCCCUGUCUGGAGGGGCUUCUGCCGUGUUCCAAGGCACCGCGCUUGGCUUCCUUGAACCAAAUAAGCCCACCACCAAGGCAGACCUCAAUGUCCGAAUGUGUAGCAGAUGGGUGAAUGUAACGGAGGAGGAGGAGGAGGAGGAAGAGAAGAAGAAAAAGAAGAAGAAGGGGAGCCCAGGAAAACCAUGCGAGCCACCAGAUGCCAAAGAGUCAAGGGUCGGCGGCGAGCCCUGGGCAAAGAGAGGCGCGGAGGAGAAACCAGAAGAGGAAAAGGAGGAAGAGGAGGAGGAGGCAGCAGCAGUGGCGGCCGAAAAUCAGAAAGAGGAAGGGAGGCUUCUCCCAGACCAAAGCUCACUCGGCCAAAGCUCACCCACGGGUGCCAGCACCCCCCUCUCAGAGAUGCCGCUGAAGAAGGCCAACAGCAACGACGCUGCAGCUGACGUAGGGUUGCCCAAGGAAGAUGCCAAUGCAGAGUUGGCCAACGAAGCCGUUGGGUUGGCCAACGAAGCCUCCAGUGCAGAACUGGCCAGAGACACCGCUCGCGCCGAGUCCGCCGGUGGGACGAACAGCUCCGGGCUGGGCACCAAAGUGAACAACGACAGCCCAGCCAACGCCAACCCGGACACCGGUCGGGUUGGGUUGACCCACGACGCUGGCACAGCCGACUUGACACAUGGAACCGUCAGUGUUGGGAUGGCCAGCGAGAUGGUGAGCGCCACGUUUGAGGUCAACAACGGGCUGAGUGGUAGCAGCAGCAGCCACAACGGAGGGCACUCGCUUUCCUUUGGGGAAGACUUCACCGCCAUGGCCUACUCGGGGUUGACUUUGUCCGGCCACAUGUCCUUGCUCCACUCCCGCAACUCCUGCAAGACCCUCAAAUGCCCCAAGUGCAACUGGCAUUACAAGUACCAGCAGACCUUAGACGUCCAUAUGAAGGAGAAGCACCCCGAGAACAACAGCCACUGCGCUUACUGCAGCACCGGCGGGCCGCACCCUCGCCUGGCCCGGGGCGAGAGCUACAACUGCGGCUACAAGCCCUACCGCUGCGAGGCCUGCAACUAUUCCACCACCACCAAGGGUAACCUCAGCAUCCACAUGCAGUCCGACAAACACCUGGCCAACCUGCAGGGCUACCAGGCCACGGGGGGAGGCGGCGGGGCCCCCUCGGUGGCGGCCCCGGUGGCACCCACCCCGUCAUCGCCUGAGGAGAAGGAGUCGAAAGGCAAAUCCUCCUGGCAGUGCAAAGUGUGCAGCUACGAAACCAACAUCUCCCGCAACUUGCGCAUCCACAUGACCUCCGAGAAGCACAUGCAGAACAUGCUCCUUCUCCACCAGGGGCUGCCCCUGGCACUGCCCGGGCUCCUGGGGCAGGCCCAAGCCGCGCCAGGGGGCAAGGGGCAGCCGGAGCUCUUCCAGUUCUAUGGCGCCCAGGCCCUGGGCCACUCGCACCAUGCACACCCCCACCACGCUCACGCUGCGGGCAGCUCAGCCCUGCGGGGGGACAAGCCCAUGGAGCAAAGCCAGAUCUUGCUCAAUGGAGGCUUCCCACACCUCAACGCUGCCGCCGGCAGGAAGAUGGCUGCCUUGGGCUCAGGAAGUCAUUCUGCCGCCCUUCUCCCCACAGCUCCUGCAUCGCUCUCUCCAGAGCCCGCCCCACCUUCCCCACUGCCGCCCCACUCCGUGCCAGACCUGGGGGCUCCCCAGAGGCUGUUCGGGUGCCUGGUGUGCCAAGCCUUCAACACAGACAGCCUGGAAGCGCUCCUGAGGCACGCGUCGGCCCCCCGCUCGCUGCCCGAGGCCGAGUGGAAGGAGGUGUCGGGCGACUUGCACCGCUGCCGUCUCUGCGCCUACGGCACCCAGCUGAAGGCCAACUUCCAGCUGCACCUCAAGACCGACAAGCACGCCCUCAAGUACCAGCUGGCGGCCCACCUGCGCGAAGGGGGCAGCCUCGGGGCCCACAUGGGGGCGGAGCUUCCGCUCGGCCCGCCCCUCCACCUGCACUGCAAUCUCUGCGAAUACGAGACCAACAGCAAGGAGAAAAUGAGGCUGCACGUGGCGGGAGCCGGCCACCAGGAGGCGCUGCAAGGCUACAAGUUCCUCCUGGAAAUGGAGGCCACAUCGGCAGCGCCGCCGGGCCCCGAACCCGCCCCGUUCCGCUGCCUCCUUUGCAACACGGACGCGCCGAACCGCCUGGCCAUGAUCCAGCACCUGCGCUCUCCCCAACACCGCGACUCCCAUGGCCAGUGGCGCCUGCAGCUCCUCCAGAACGGAGAAGGCACCCCGGGCCUCGAGAGAUACAUCUGCUUUGCUCCCGCCAACCCCGCUGGUAACGGCCCUGCGGGUUGGCCAUGGCGGGCACCCCGUGCCGCCGGAGAGGGUGGCAAACCCGCAGAAGGGAAAGAAACAGUGCUGGAGACCUUGGCCCCCGAAAAGGAACCGCAGAGUAAAGCCCAGGCGGCUGGUUCUGACGAGACUGAAACGAAAGCUGGAGGUGUGGGAGACAUUACAGUGUUCUGCUGCCCCUACUGCAACUACACCGACCAAUCAGCCGAAGCCGUCCGGGCUCACACCGUCUCCCAGCAUGCCGUGCAGCCCAAAUUCCGAUGCCCGCUCUGCCAGGAGCAGCUGGUCGGGCGCACCAACCUCCACUUCCACCUCAGCCACAUUCACAACGUGGUGCCCGAAUGUGUGGAGAAGCUGCUUCUGGUGGCCUCUACUGUGGAAAUGACCUUUGCCACCAAAGUUAUCCCUGGCCUCAACCUCCCUCCUGACCCACUAAAGCCCGGCGGGACGCCCAGCUCAGAGCAGGGAGCUGGGAACGAACCUGAAAGCCCUCUUGCUGCACCACUCACAGGGGAGAAAUCCUCUCCGGCUCCUGUGCUUGGCCCUGAAACUCCUCCUCCUCCAGCCUCCCCUGCUCCACCUGCUGACCCCCCAGAAAAGCCACCCCCAACCUCUUCUCCACCUCCUCCUCCACUGCCGCCACCACCACCUCCUCCUUCAGUUGCUCCUCUGGAGUUUGAAGACGAAGAUUCUCCUCAGCUGAACGCCCCGUUGGAGGAGCCGCCGCCGCCACCGCCACCGGCUUCAGCCGAGGCUCCAGAGGCCUCUCCGCUCGCCCUGCCCAGCCAAGACCCCCGGCACCCGCUGUCCUACCGCAAGGCGACCAAUUUCGCCUUGGAUAAGUUCCUCGACCCGGCCCGGCCCUACAAGUGCACAGUGUGCAAGGAGUCCUUCACGCAGAAAAACAUCCUCUUGGUGCACUACAACUCCGUCUCCCACCUGCACAAGAUGAAGAAGGCCUCGGCCGACCCCUCCGCGCCCUCCCGGGGCGAGCCCGGCGCCGCCGGCGUUCUCCAGCCCUCCUCGGACAAGCCCUACAAGUGCACCACCUGCCGGGUCUCCUACAACCAGAGCUCCACGCUGGAGAUCCACAUGCGCUCCGUCCUGCACCAGACCCGCUCCCGCGUCGCCAAGAUGGAAGCCGCCGGCAAAGCGGAGCUGCCAGCCGCCGAGCCGGAUCCCCCGUGUGAAGCGCCGCUGGAAGCGGAAGCCCCCAAGCUCCUGGAGGCGGGCUGCGUGCAGGUGCCCACGCUCCCGUUCCUGGCGCCGUCUGCAGCAGAGCUGCAGCGCUUCCCUGCACCGUUGUUCACUCCGCCGCUGCUGCCGCCCUUCCCACUAGUUCCAGAGUCGCUCCUGAAACUCCAGCAGCAGCAACAGCAGCUGCUGCUCCCCUUCUACCUGCAUGACCUCAAGGUAGCUCCCAAGCUGGCUUUGGCCACCCCGGCACUGACCCUCCCGGCCACGCCACCCGUGCUGCUGCCACCUCUGCCAGCCAAGGAAGAGCAGGCGCCAGCCGCCGCUGCCGGCUCCAAACCGGAGGCGCCAGAAGAGGCCGAAGCUGAGGAGGCCGAGGGGGGCCAGCAAGGGAGCGAGGCAUCCCGGACGGCUGCCAAAGCCCUCCUGGAGAACUUUGGGUUUGAGCUGGUGAUCCAGUACAACGAGGGGAAGCAGCCUGCCGCCCCUGCCCCGGCCGCACCUCCGCGCCCGCCGGCGGGCAAGCUCUUGUGCGGCGCAUGCGGGAAGCAGUUCUCCAACAUGCUCAUCCUGAAGACGCAUGAGGAGCAUGUGCACCGGCGGUUCCUGCCCUUUGAGGCGCUCAACCGCUACGCCGCCCAGUUCCGGAAGAGCUAUGACAGCAUGUAUCCCCCGCCGCCGCCGGCACUGCCCAUCGAGACGGCCACUGCCACGACGACUGCUCCAACCACUGCCACUGCCACAGACACCACCACAGUGACUGUGCCAGCCGCCCUGCCCCUGGAGAUCCCCCCGCUCUGCCCUCCGUUUUUAAUGCAGCCCAUGCCAGUGGUGGUGCCGCCGCUAGAGAGCGAGACCCCCCACGUGCCUCCCGAGCGCUUGAAAUCCUUGUGGUUCCGGGGGGAGGAAGAGGAAGGCGGCGGUGGGCCCGGGGUUCCCGAGCCUCUUCGCGGGGGCUUCCCAUCCACCCGGCGCUUCUCCCGCACCAAGUUCACAGAGUUCCAGUCUCAAGCCCUACAGUCUUUCUUUGAGUGCAGCGCCUACCCCAAAGACGGCGAGGUGGAGCGGCUGUCUGCAAUGCUGGGUUUGCCCAACAGAGUCAUCGUGGUUUGGUUCCAAAACGCCCGUCAGAAAGCGCGGAAAUGCGGCGGGAGUGAGGCCAGCGUGGGGGGUGGAGGUGCUGCGGUGCAGCCCUCCUGCAAGAAAUGCCGGGCGUCCUUCCGCUGUAUCUUUGAGCUCAUGCGACACCUUAAAAAGUGCUACAACGACCAGCCGGUGGAUGCGGAGGGAGAGGGGGCCGAGGAGGAGAACGAGGGCCCCGAGGAAGAGGAGCAGGAGGAGGAGGAAGAAGAAGAGCAGCAGCAGCCGCAGCAACAGCAGCCGCCGGAGCCUUCAGGGGCUGACGGAGAAGCUAAGAUUGAAGGCACUGGGGACAAACCUCAGGAGGAGGAGCAACCCACAGCCCCUCCUGAAAGUGCAAGCACCCAUCCCUGUGACCACUGCACAGCCAAAUUCUCAAGCGCCGACCUCCUCAAUAUCCACCGUGUUUCUCACAUGCCAGCAACCGGCCCUCCGCCAGCCCCGGUUGCCCCCCAGCCUCCCCUGGAUUUGGCCCCGCUGGUGUUUGGCGACCGCCCAGAUCCCUCCCGGGCGCAGAAGCGGAAGCACGAGGAUGGGAGCUUGUCGCCCACCGGCAGCGAGUGCGCCAGCGUGGCGGGAGGGGACAGCGAGCCCCCCCGGGACAAGCGCCUGCGCACCACCAUUUUGCCGGAGCAGCUGGAGAUCCUCUACCGCUGGUACAUGCAGGACUCCAACCCGACCCGCAAGAUGCUCGACUGCAUCUCCGAAGAGGUUGGGCUCAAGAAGAGGGUGGUUCAAGUGUGGUUCCAGAACACGAGAGCCCGCGAGAGGAAGGGUCAGUUUCGGUGCAACGCCAGCACAGCCAACGCAACCGGCAAGCCCUCGCCGGUGCUCCCCUCCGCCUUCCCAAAGUUCAGCCCUCUGCCGCGAGACCCGACCAUCCACUACGGAGCGGCCUUCGCGCCCAGCCUCUCUGCGGUGAGCUUACAGCUACCUCCAGCAAAGCCAGAGAUUCCUGCGGAGCCACAAGCGCAGGAAGAAGCAGCCGAAGAAGAAUUGCCAAAAGAGAACGAAGACCGGAGCCUGUCGGGAGGGGAGAUGAGCGACUCGUCUUCCUCCUCCUCCUCGUCGCUGGCCGAUCUGGAUUUCUCCGGCAGCCGGCGGAGCCGAGGGGCGGACGGCGGCUUUGGAGGCAUGCACGACGCUUUGGGCCAGCGCCGGUAUCGCACGCAGAUGUCCAGCCUGCAGCUGAAGAUCAUGAAGGUUUGCUACGAGGCCUACCGGACGCCCACCAUGCAAGAGUGCGAGGUGCUGGGCGAGGAAAUCGGGCUGCCCAAGCGGGUGAUCCAAGUGUGGUUCCAGAACGCCAGGGCCAAGGAGAAGAAGGCCAAGGCUGCCAGCGGUGGCGAGGAGGGGCAUCCCAGCACUCCAUCGCAGGCCGAGUGCCCCUACUGUGAAGUCAAGUACGAUUUCUACGUGUCCUGUCGUGGGCACCUCUUCUCCCGCGGGCACCUCGCCCGACUCAAGGAGGCCAUCAAGGCCCAGCUCAAGAGCGAGAGCAAGUGCUAUGAGCUCGUGCCGGACAAAGGGACGCCAUCCCCGACCAGGCUGGGUGCCUCCAUGCCUCCCGCCACAGUGCCAUCUUCUCUUGGAAGCAUGGCUCCCUUUGCGCCAGGCCCUUCCUCUUCCUCCUCCGGGGCCCUGAGCACCCCUUUGGCCUCCUCGCAGCCGGGGCCCCCCUUACCUCAGCACCUCACUCCGGAACCGGCCCAGCUUGGCCCCUCCACAGAGCCGGCGGCACCUGCUCCAGAGACUUCCCCGGGCGACGGCCAGGCAGACCCCGCCUCCAGCUCAGCCCAGGAACCCUCCGUGCCCUCCACUGCCGCGGUGAAGAACCUCAAGACGUUGAAGGCCGCCGUGCCGGCCUUGCUGGGAGGCCAGUUCCUGCCCUUCCCGUUGCCGGCGGCAGCCACGGCGGCAGCCCCCUCGCUCUUUGGGGCGCAGCUGCCCGGGGCCUACUUCCAGCAGCUCUACGGCAUGAAGAAGGGGCUGUUCCCCAUGAACCCCGUCAUACCUCAGACGCUUAUGGGGCUGCUGCCCAGCCCCCUGCUCCCGACGCCCAUGCCCGAGCCGCCCGUCGAGGUGCCCGAGGCCCCCGGCAUCUCCACGGUUGACGUGACUCACCAGUACCUCUGCCGCCAGUGCAAGGCGGCCUUUGAGAGCGAGGGGGCCGCCGCCGCCCACCAGGCCACUUUCUGCUACUUUGGGCGCCAGCCCCCCGCGGCCCCGCCCCCGCUGCGGGUGCCCGUGUGCACCUACCACUGCCUGGCCUGCGAGGUGCUUGUGAGCGGGCGCGAGGCCCUGGGGGCCCACCUUCGCUCCAGCGCUCACCGGCGCAAGGCCGGAUCCAACGCAGCAACCGCAUCGGUGUUUGCCAAAGAGGAAUCCAAAUUACCUCACUCGGACUCCAGCCCAAAAAGUAACGCUACCUCUACGACACUACUAGCUUUAUAGAGACGGAUGCUACACUGCCACCGACCGAGAGAGAAGGACUAAGCAACCAACCAACUAGCCAACCAGCCGGCGGAGGGAAGGGCGCCCGCUCGGCGUGCCCUGCGCCCUCUGCCCAUACCAAACGCCCAUCACGCAACCCCCCGCCACCAGUAAACUCAAGAAACGGCCCCUGGCCAAGGCGACACCCAGUUGCCUGAAGGCCACGCUCUUCCCAGACCCCUGGGUAGCCAUGUGGGCAAAGCUGGACCCAGAUGUUCAGCCGUCCCACCCCACUCCCCCAACCUCACCGCCAUCUUGAGGGAAGACCAGUUGACCUGGUGCGGAACAGAAAUGCCGCCUGAGGAGCCCCCCAACAGUGCCCACCUCAGAAAUGCCUUGCGCUCUGCAUGGAGUGCAGAAGCUGUUCUCCUCUGCCACCCACCGUGCCCCUCGCCCUCACGGCCCUGUGCAUCGGCCGACGCCAGUUCCCAGGGUCUCUCCUCCCUGAAAGGGUUCCCGGAUCCUGGAUCCGACAUGGGUGCCCAACCAAUCGCCUUCCCGCAGUUCCUUCACACAUGCCUGUGUAUUCCAGAGUCUUCCACCUCCUGUGGCAUACACAUGUACCUCACAUGAGAGAGGCACGAGAGGCUCUCACUCUCUAUGGUUCAGGUCUCAGUGUCCUCCAUGUUUUCCCUCAAGGGUCCCCAGGCAUCUCAACAGGUGUUCCUUGGGAUGCCGACCCCAGCGGAGAGGACCCCCUUCCCUCGCCCGCAAAGGCCACCGCGCCGUCUCCUCGUGUCAACGGGAGCUUCCCAGAAUCCUUUGCCCAAAGUCCAACCCCUCAUGUGUGCGAGAACCACACUCCUGCCCAUCCCGCCCAUCUCCACACACGCUUGUGACUGCUGCCGCACGCCCUCGUGCGAACCUGGUCUCCUCUCUCUCCCUCCCUCUCUCGCUCUCUCACACACACCUGCUUAGAGAUCCUUCUCUCACUCUCUCUCACCUUCCACCCUUUUACUGUGUUAUUACCGACUUGAGAAAGGCCAAAAAAAAAAAAAGCAAACAAAAAUAAUGGACGGAAAGAAAGAAAAGUUAUUAACCCAAGGAAACAAAACUUAAGGGGGGGGAGGGGGGGCAAAGAUGAGAAACUGAGUCCCCAACCCCACACCCCCAACCCCUCCUAGAGCAUGUGCUGCCCAUUGUGUAUAAUAAUUCCCGCCCUGGACGGAUGGACAGACUCCCGAACUUGUUGAUGGAUUUUGAACGACUUGAACAGCAACCAAACUGGGGAAGAAAGGCGCCUCUCCCUCUUCUUCCCCGCCAUUUUUUCCCUCCUCUCUCUCUCUCUCUCUCUCUCUCCUCCUCCUCCUCCUCCUCGUCCCCAGUUGGGUCUCUGCCCGCACUGAGGAACCAAAUAAAACUAACAACCUCGCUGUCUUUUUCCUCCUGAUAGACGUGACUUCCGUCUCCGCGCGGGAAACGACACACACAAAAAAAACCCUACUCCGAUGGCUUUAAAAAAAGAAAGAGAAGAAAAUAAUAAUAAUGAUAAAAUAAAACCAGAAGGAUCCUCCCGUCUACACACACACAGUUACCUGCCACGUGCUGGUGUGCCGACGUCCUUGCAAAAAAAGACAAAAAGGAAAAAAAAAAAGAACACAAAAAACCCUCUUUAUGAAUCCAAAGCUCUUUAAAAAAAAAAAACUUCUAUACAAUAACCAAAAAGAAAACCAACAGUUUGAGAGAGAGACUACCCACCAACAAAAAGGAAUAAUAAAAAGCAAACUGGAAAUAAUUUUUUUUUAAAAGAAAAAGACAUAUGACGACGAUGACGAAGAAGAAGAAGAAAAGUUACGCCCUCACGUUUUUCUUCCUCCUUUGUGUCCGUUCUUUUGGGGUUCCUUCUCCCGUUCUUUUCUUUCCCCAGCCCUGUCCCCCCCCUCUUCCGACCUGCCAAGUGUUUUUUAGGCCCUCUCCCACUUAAAACAAAGAUGGACAAGAAUUUUAAGAAGUUGAUGGAAGUGGAAACCUGUGGGGUAGAGAAGGGGGGAUUACAAAAAAAAGAAUCCCCCACAAAAAUAACCAAACGAACUACAUUCGGGGCGUCCAGAGGGGGUGGGCUCCCACAGCAGCUCACCCUCCGAGACCACCCUGUUUUCCUCAGACUGCCCCCCUUCUCCCCACAACUCUGCACCCCAGAAUGGGGUGAGGGGAAAUGUCUUUCUGUUGUGUAUUUAAAGGGGGGGAUGGGGUACAAUAAAAAAUUAAAAAGAAAUAAAAAUUAUAUUAAA